AUGACCACACCCAGCAGACUCUCGUCCUUCGAGACGCUCGUUCCGGGGAGGGCACGUGCCCGGCGCUCGCGGAUCCUACCCUCGUCGGCCAACCUCGAGACGGUGCUCUUCCCUGAAGACGCAGAUGCCGACCCGGAAGAUCGCUUCUUCGUCCCCACAUACCUCAGCAACUCGGUCUACAUGCAGCAGCUCCACCAGGAACACCUCGACAAGCUGCGCGCCAGGCAGACCAAGAAGCCAACGACGACCAACGGCCACGGUGCCGGCGUACCCACCGACAACGACGACGACGGCACUCUACCACUCGGCUCUCACCGGGGCCUGUCACACACCAUCGUCGAGAGGGGUUCUGCCGCCGGCCACGAUGGCCAGGAGCCCCUGACGCCGCUGCCGUCGAGGUGGAACAGGGACGACAUGUGGGGUGGUCUCGAGAUCGACAACAACAAUGUGUGCCGGUACACCGGGCCGAAAUCGUACCACAGCCGCGACCACGAGGCCUCGGCUGUCCGGGCAAACUACCCCAUGCCGCCGCAGUGCGGCAUCUACUACUACGAAGUCAUGAUCCUCGAUGGAGACAAGGACGACACGACGAUUGCCAUCGGCUUCGCUACCAAGUCGGCGAGUCUAUCACGCCCGGUAGGAUGGGAGCCGGAAUCAUGGGCAUAUCACGGUGACGACGGCAGGUGCUUCACCGCACAAAAUGUGGGUAAGAGUUACGGCCCGGCAUUCAGCAAGAGUGACGUGAUUGGGUGCGGCGUCAAUUUCAAGGAUAAUACCGCCUUCUUCACCAGGAAUGGUCGUAUGAUGGGUACUGCCUUCCACGACGUUGCCACUACCGUCAAAGGAAAACUGUACCCGGCCAUCAGCCUAAAGAAACCCAGGGAGAUGAUCAAGGCCAACUUUGGUGAGGAACCAUUUGUAUUUCGGAUAGACGAGAUGGCACAGACAGCGAUGACUUACAGACGUGGACACCGAAAACAGACAUAUCGCGACGCCAUUCUCGAGGACGUCUCCAGGACGAGUACGUCACAGCUGGAGCCCGGCUUGUCGGAGACGGAUCUGGUCCAGGCACUGGUGUUGCAGUUUCUCCAGCAUGAUGGAUACGUUGAUACGGCGAGGGCGUUUGCCGAGGAGAUGAGGACGCAGAAGGCAUCGCUCAACAUGGACCCGGACGUCAAGGUUGGCGGCGUGAGCAUCAAGGAUGAUGAGGAUGCCAACAACCGCCAACGAAUCCGGAGUGCCGUGUUGGAUGGAGACAUAGACAAGGCGCUCAAGUACACGCAGGCCUACUAUCCGAGGGUACUGUCGAACAACGAGGAGGUAUACUUCAAACUCCGAUGUCGCAAAUUCAUCGAGAUGGUCCGGCGCGCAGCCGAGAUGAACAUGACAGCCGAGGAGGAAUCCGCUGCCACCAAGCGAAACAGCAACGACGGCGACAAAAACAGCAACAGCGGCCUGCCGUCCUUGUCAAAUCCCAUCCCCUCGCAUAAGAUGGACAUGGACCUCGACCAAGGUGUUCGGUUGACCGAGGAUGAGGACGACGAUGACGACGAUGACGACGACGACGACGACGACGACGAAGAUGAGGGCGAGGGCGAGUUCGAAGAUGCAGACGGAAGCGACAAGCUCAACCAGGCUCCUCUCUCGGAGCUGGAGAAGGACAUCCUGCUGUACGGGAGGACCCUGCAGGCAGACUUUGUACCCGACGCGCCAAAUGCCUACUCGGCUCAGCUCCAGCAGAUCUGGGCCCUGAUAGCCUACAAGAACCCUCUGCGAGAGCCGAGCGUCAAACAUCUUCUCGACCAGCAGGGAAGAGUCCAAGUAGCGGAAGAGCUGAAUUCGGCUAUUCUAUCCUCUCUGGGCAAAUCGUCACGCGCUGCCAUAGAGAAAGUAUACGCCCAGACGUCUGUUCUCCUUGAUGAGCUGAGAGACGACGGAGGCAUCGGAGCCUUCAUCUCGAUAGACGACGCUUUGGAUCAGAGGGCC